UGUACCAGCAGUGCUAGCUAACAUUACAAUGAUAAAAUACAGUCUAUGGAUAAAACACAUUAGUGACUACAGUAAGCUUCAUGUUCUCUUCAGACUGUUUCUGAUACAGCUUAGACUUAUGGGUUAGGAGUCUUUACAUGAAAGCCUAGCAUGUUAGCUUCAUGGUUAAUCUUUCAGUAACUAACAGCUCAGACACAGACAGCGGUGAUUCAGCGUGCUGCUAGCUAGACAGAAAACCCUUCAAAGGCUCAACACCGAUAACAGUCAUUUAUGUUAACGUCCAUCGUUUGAUGUAUAUCGUUGUCGGGUCUCGCCAUUGUUUUAUUUACUGCUGGGCUUCGAUCUACCGAGAUGUAUGGGAUGUCGGGAUGACAGGAAGAUGGCAAACGGGGUUGGAAAACACAAGCUGCUAGUCAUUGAACCAUCCGAGCCAUGGUCAGUGAGGGAGAAGCUGUGUUUGGCCACAUCUGUCAUGAAGAGUGGAGACCAGAACUGGGUAUCUGUCAGUCGAGCCAUCAAACCAUUUGCAGAACCCGGGCGCCCACCUGACUGGUUCUCUCAAAAGCACUGUGCCUCAAAGUACUCUGAGCUCCUGGAAUCAACAGAGGCCCCAAAGCGUAAGCGUGGUGAGAGAGGUGAAGUGGUGGAGACAGUGGAGGACGUGAUAGUACGCAGACUGACAGCUGACAGGAUUGAUGCACUUAAAAAGUUGAUAAAGGAAACACAGGAGAAGCACAGGAAGCUGAAGAGAGAGGCUGAACUGAUUAAAGCAGGACGCCUAGAUUCCAAACUACAAGAGUUAUGGGAAGAAAUUCUGCAGAAGCAGAAACUGGAGGAAGAGGAAGCAGAUUUGAAAAGAAAAAACACAAAUGCUGCUUAUCAAGACAGACAGGUGGCAAAGAACACACCAAAGCGAUUGCCCGGCGUCACCAUGCACCCGCCCUCAGGUUGCAGCUCCCCGAGCCAGGAGUUCUCCCCAGGUGACGCGUUUGAGUGCCCCACCCUAGAUCCUGGAUCAACAAAAAAUGCUUCAGGAUCUUCCAGAUUAAUGACAAUUGCUGAGACUUGUGGACCCGAUAAUGAGGACAUCAGCCAUGGGUCAUUUCUGGACGACCCCACCCAAAAGAAGGCCCUGGUCCAGAAAACUACACCCCCACCAUCUCCACUCCUGUCCGAGUUACUGAAGAAAGGCAGUAUCUUGGCCACAAAUUCCAGACUGAUUGGGGAUGGUGAUGCUGGAAAUCUGACGGGAACACACGACUUGCAGCAGCCUCCGGCUAGUCAACCUAUCUCUCAAGCUACAGGUGCCCCGAUGUUGUCUCGUCUUCUGGAGGCUGGUCCCGCCCAGUUCUCCGCUCCGUUAGGUUUCAUGGUCAGUGCAGACUCCACCGCUCCUCUUUCUGCUGCCUCUUCUGUGCCUGUUGACUCUCCUGCCUCAGCAAGUACAGAAGUUGGUGUGAUGGCUCCGUCUUUGCUGCCUGGACGCCAGUCUGUCUCUGCAGAGGACAAAGUGUCAGAGCUCAGUGAGGAGGACGUAUCUGUGUCCUACAUGGGGGAUGAGCUUGACCUGAAGACGGUGGGGGACAUAAUCGCCAUAAUUGAGGACAAGGCAGAGGAGGCUGCAGAGGCUUUGGAUGCAGCUGCAGUCGAGGCUGCGCUGUCACUGUGUGAGGAGAACGGCCAUGCUUUGUCUGGUAGCUGGGAAGCUGGGCCUCUCCAGCCCCAUGAUUCCCAGCCCGCAGUGCCCACAUGGGUCCCACAGCCCUCGUCUCUUCACAGUAGCCUGGAGGGAAAGACAGAAGCGUUAGAAGCCCAGUGUGGGACUUCAGCUUCACUCUCCUCUCUGUGCAACAGUCACGAUAACUGUCUCCCAGCAUUCCCCAUGGGACGAAGGGGCCCUCCUCCCACCUCCUCCUCCUCCUCACACAGCUCAAAUAGUUGCUACACAGGGGCACCUCCACAGCCUGAGGCAAUGAGAGAGACUGGAGAGUUGGUGCACCAGAAAAGACAUAUUUCAUUGGAUGUUACUUUAAAAUGUGAGAGUGAGAAGCACAGACCUGAAAAACCCAAUGGAGACUCAGUAUUAGAAGAUAGACCUCUGACAGAAAGGCAUCGCAAGGAGAUGAAAGCGGAGGAUGGAAUAAGUGUUCUGGGAGGAGAGAGUGCCUCAGAGACUAAACUGUACAAUGAGCUUGAUGAGCCAGAAGCAGGUGGAGGAGAAGAGAGCGAUGGCGUGGAGGGAUUCUUCUCAGAGCCAGACGGCGAGAUGGAGCUGGAACCUGCGGCCAGCGAGAGUGAGGACGGAUACAGCCAGCACACGGCCUCCUCCUCUCUGCAGCUCCACACCACGGCAGACUCCAUCCCCAGCAGCCCUGCCUCCUCGCUGUUUUCUCUGUGCAGUGACGACCUGGAGGCUCUGCAGGCGCACAAGAUCUGGAAGAAAGCCAUUAUGCUGGUGUGGCGUGCAGCAGCCAAUCACAGGUAUGCAAAUGUCUUCCUGCAGCCAGUGUCAGAUGAAAUUGCACCUGGGUACCACAGUAUAGUGCAGAGGCCCAUGGACCUUGCCGCCAUUAAAAAGAGCAUAGAGACCGGUGUGAUCCGCACCACCGCUGAGUUCCAGAGGGACAUCAUGCUGAUGUUUCAGAACGCCGUCAUGUACAACAGUCUGGACCAUGACGUGUACCACAUGGCUCUGGAGAUGCAGCGCGACGUCCUGGAGCAGAUCCAGCAGUAUUUGGCCACCCAGCUGAUCAUGGAGACGUCGGAGUCCGGCAUCAGCGCCAAGAGCCUGAGGGGCCGUGAGAGCACGCGCAAACAGGACUCCACUGACAAGGACACUGUCUCCAUGUCCUCUCCUGCCUUUCUUCUUUCUCUUUUUGACGGAGGCACCAGAGGGCGCCGUUGUGCCAUAGAAGCUGACCUCAAGAUGAAGAAAUGAAAACACCUUCGGAACGUUUUAUCCAACUGUGUUUCCGAGUUAAAGUGACAGCGACUGAACUUAUUCUGUCAGUUACACGGAUUCUCACUCAGCAUAAAAUGCAGUUUCAACUUUAUUUGCACUCUAAACUGUAUGAGUAGACUGAAUUUCGGAGGGGCCCAUUUCCACUGAGUCAGCAAUACAGAUAUGGAUUACAAACUGUAUAAUCCCAGAUUACAAUGGGGCAAGAGAAUAGGUCAAACCUUUCAUACACCUACCUGCAGAUCACUUAGAUUUAGACUGCUCAGGUUGUAUUAACAGAUAAAUGUCACUCAUAGCCUGCAAAUUGGCUGAAAUUAAGCCUUCAUGAGGCCGAGAUGCACUUCAGAUUAUUGUGGUUGAUCUUGAUCAUGUUGAUACUAAUAUGUGAAACCAGAGGCCAAAGAGUCUGAGUUACCUAGAAGUCCCGAAUAAUCAGGGAGGUGUAGGGGGCACAUCAUCAUUUUAAACAUUUUAAUUGCAGGAAUUAAAUCAUUUGAGGAUUUGUUAUUUUAAGUGUUAUUUAAAAAGAAUGCACAGAUCAUUUGUGGCUGUAUUUUUUGUGAAACGAUACCAAUUCAUAUUCAGUAUUUUUGAGUAUCACAUUAAACUGUUUUGUGGAUUUUAAGAUGUAUAAUCAAUAAAAGCGUCGUAAAGCCCUCAAC